AUGGGAGGCGGAGCUGGCGUUUUUGGGGGGCGGGAGGGGUGGGCCCCGCGUCUCCGGUGUCUGCCCCGCUCAGUGAAUGGAGAGCGCGAGAGCCGGCCCGCUCCCCGGCCGCCCCGAGCCCCGGCCGCCGCGCCCCGCAGCUCAGCCCCGCGGCGGACGUCCCCGGGCGCCGCGCCGCACCGCGCUCGCCCUCCGCUCGCCGACCUGGCCCGCGCCCCCGGCAGCGGGCUCGCGGGGCCGGGAGGCGCUCGGCACCUGGGCGCCCCGAGCGAUGCGCCGCGGGGCAGCGCCGGCCCCGCGCAUGGAGCUGCCGCCGCCGCCGCCGCCGCCGCCCGGCGCGCCCCGCUCCGCCCGCGCCCCGUGCGCCUGAGCGCCGAGCUCGCUCCUCCUCCGCGCCCGGCCCGCCGCCCGCUCCCCCGGCCGCUCGGGCUCCGCGCGUCCUGCCCCGCCGAGGCGGCCUCCCCCGGGCGCGGGCCCCCGCGCACCAUGGCCCCCGCGCGCGCCCGCCUGGCGCUGGCCUUGGCGCUGGCGAGCGUCCUGAGCGGGCCGUGGCCCCCGGCCGCCGCCUGCCCCACCAAGUGUACCUGCUCCGCCGCCAGCGUGGACUGCCACGGGCUGGGCCUCCGGGCGGUUCCCCGGGGCGUACCCCGCAACGCCGAGCGCCUUGACCUGGACAGAAAUAAUAUUACCAGGAUUACCAAGAUGGACUUCGCUGGACUCAAGAACCUCCGAGUCUUGCAUCUGGAAGACAACCAGGUCAGCGUCAUCGAGAGAGGCGCCUUCCAGGAUCUGAAGCAGCUGGAGCGAUUGCGCCUGAACAAGAAUAAGCUCCAGGUCCUCCCAGAAUUGCUUUUCCAGAGUACACCGAAGCUCACCAGACUAGAUCUGAGCGAAAACCAGAUCCUGGGGAUCCCAAGGAAGGCGUUCCGUGGCAUCACCAACGUGAAGAACUUGCAGCUGGACAACAACCACAUCAACUGCAUUGAAGAUGGAGCCUUCCGAGCGCUGCGCGACUUGGAGAUCCUCACCCUCAACAACAACAACAUUAGCCGCAUCCUGGUCACUAGCUUCAACCACAUGCCGAAGAUUCGAACUCUGCGCCUCCACUCCAAUCACCUGUACUGUGACUGCCACCUGGCCUGGCUCUCGGAUUGGUUGCGACAGCGGCGGACAAUUGGCCAGUUCACCCUCUGCAUGGCUCCAGUGCACCUGAGGGGCUUCAACGUGGCGGAUGUGCAGAAGAAGGAGUAUGUAUGCCCAGGCCCCCACUCAGAACCUCCAUCCUGCAAUGCCAACUCCAUCUCCUGCCCCUCGGCCUGCACUUGCAGUAAUAACAUCGUGGACUGUCGAGGGAAGGGCUUGACCGAGAUCCCUGCCAACUUGCCAGAGGGCAUCGUCGAAAUACGCCUGGAACAGAACUCCAUCAAAUCUAUUCCUGCUGGAGCCUUCACCCAGUACAAGAAACUGAAGCGAAUAGACAUCAGCAAGAAUCAGAUAUCGGACAUUGCUCCAGAUGCCUUCCAGGGUCUGAAAUCACUCACAUCGCUCGUGCUCUACGGGAACAAGAUCACUGAGCUUGCCAAGGGACUGUUUGACGGGCUGGUGUCCUUACAGCUGCUCCUCCUCAAUGCCAACAAGAUCAACUGCCUGCGAGUGAACACGUUUCAGGACCUGCAGAACCUCAACCUACUCUCCCUGUAUGACAACAAGCUACAGACCAUCAGCAAGGGACUCUUUGCCCCUCUGCAGGCCAUCCAGACCCUCCACUUAGCCCAAAACCCAUUUGUGUGUGACUGCCACUUGAAGUGGCUGGCCGACUACCUGCAGGACAACCCCAUCGAGACGAGCGGGGCCCGCUGCAGCAGCCCACGCCGGCUGGCCAACAAGCGCAUCGGCCAGAUCAAGAGCAAGAAGUUCCGCUGCUCAGGCUCAGAGGAUUACCGCAGCAGGUUCAGCAGUGAGUGCUUCAUGGACCUUGUGUGCCCUGAGAAGUGCCGCUGUGAGGGAACCAUUGUGGACUGCUCUAACCAGAAGCUGGCCCGCAUCCCAAGCCACCUCCCCGAAUACGUCACUGAUUUGCGACUGAACGACAAUGAGAUAUCUGUUCUAGAGGCCACUGGUAUCUUCAAGAAGUUGCCCAACCUGCGGAAAAUAAACCUGAGUAACAAUAAGAUCAAGGAGGUGAGAGAAGGUGCCUUUGAUGGAGCAGCCAGCGUGCAGGAGCUGAUGCUGACCGGGAACCAGCUAGAAACGGUGCAUGGGCGCAUGUUUCGGGGCCUCAGCAGCCUCAAGACCUUGAUGCUGAGGAGUAACCUGAUCACCUGUGUGGGCAAUGACACAUUUGCUGGCCUGAGUUCAGUGAGGUUGCUGUCCCUCUACGACAACCGGAUCACCACCAUCACCCCUGGAGCCUUCACCACACUUGUCUCCCUGUCUACCAUAAACCUCCUGUCCAACCCUUUCAACUGCAACUGCCACCUGGCCUGGCUCGGCAAGUGGUUGAGGAAGAGGCGGAUCGUGAGCGGGAACCCCCGGUGCCAAAAGCCAUUCUUCCUCAAGGAGAUCCCCAUCCAGGAUGUGGCCAUCCAGGACUUUACCUGUGAAGGCAACGACGAGAGUAGCUGCCAGCUGGGCCCUCGCUGCCCCGAGCAGUGCACCUGCCUGGAGACGGUGGUGCGGUGCAGCAACAGGGGGCUGCACACCCUCCCCAAAGGCAUUCCCAAGGACGUGACCGAACUGUACCUGGAAGGAAACCACUUAACGGCCGUGCCCAGGGAGCUGUCUGCCCUCCGCCACCUGACACUUAUCGACCUGAGCAACAACAGCAUUGGCGUGCUGACCAAUUACACCUUCAGUAACAUGUCUCACCUCUCCACCCUGAUCCUGAGCUACAACCGGCUGCGGUGUAUCCCCAUCCACGCCUUUGACGGGCUGCGGUCUCUCCGAGUGCUGACCCUCCACGGCAACGAUAUCUCCAGCGUUCCUGAAGGCUCCUUCAGCGACCUAACAUCUCUUUCCCAUCUGGCACUGGGAACCAAUCCACUCCACUGUGACUGUAGUCUGCGCUGGCUGUCCGAAUGGGUGAAGGCGGGGUACAAGGAGCCCGGCAUCGCCCGCUGCAGUAGCCCCGAGCCCAUGGCUGACAGACUCCUGCUCACCACCCCCACCCACCGAUUCCAGUGCAAAGGGCCAGUGGACAUCAACAUUGUGGCCAAGUGCAAUGCCUGCCUCUCCAGCCCAUGCAAGAACAAUGGGACGUGCAGCCAGGAUCCUGUGGAAUUAUACCGCUGCACCUGCCCCUAUGGCUACAAGGGCAAAGACUGCACGGUACCCAUCAACACCUGCAUCCAGAACCCCUGUCAGCAUGGAGGUACCUGCCACCUGAGCGAGAGCCACAAGGAUGGGUUCAGCUGCUCCUGCCCUCUAGGCUUUGAGGGACAGCAAUGUGAGAUCAAUCCAGAUGAUUGUGAGGAUAACGACUGUGAGAACAAUGCCACCUGUGUGGACGGGAUCAACAACUAUGUGUGUGUCUGCCCUCCUAACUACACAGGUGAGCUGUGCGAUGAGGUGAUUGACCACUGCGUGCCUGAGAUAAACCUCUGUCAGCAUGAAGCCAAGUGCAUCUCUCUGGACAAAGGAUUCAGGUGUGAAUGUCUCCCUGGCUACAGCGGGAAGCUCUGCGAGGUGGACAAUGAUGACUGUGUGGCCCACAAGUGUCGCCACGGGGCCCAGUGCGUGGAUGCAGUCAACGGCUACACAUGCAUCUGCCCCCAGGGCUUCAGCGGGCUCCUCUGUGAGCAGCCUCCACCCAUGGUCCUGCUUCAGACCAGUCCCUGUGACCAGUACGAGUGCCAGAAUGGGGCCCAGUGCAUUGUGGUACAGCAGGAGCCAACAUGCCGCUGCCCCCCAGGCUUCGCAGGCCCGAGGUGCGAGAAGCUCAUCACCGUCAACUUUGUGGGCAAAGACUCCUACGUGGAACUAGCCUCCGCCAAGGUCCGGCCCCAGGCCAACAUCUCCCUGCAGGUGGCCACUGACAAGGACAACGGCAUCCUACUCUACAAAGGAGACAAUGACCCCUUGGCACUGGAGCUGUACCAGGGCCACGUGAGGCUCAUCUAUGACAGUCUGAGCUCCCCACCAACCACGGUGUACAGUGUGGAGACGGUGAAUGAUGGGCAGUUUCAUAGUGUGGAGCUGGUGAUGCUAAACCAGACCCUGAACCUGGUAGUGGAUAAAGGAGCCCCCAAGAGCCUGGGAAAGCUCCAGAAGCAGCCAGCAGUAGGCAUCAACAGCCCCCUAUACCUCGGAGGCAUCCCCACCUCUACCGGCCUCUCGGCCCUGCGCCAGGGCACAGACCGGCCACUGGGGGGCUUCCACGGCUGCAUCCACGAAGUGCGCAUCAACAACGAGCUGCAAGACUUCAAGGCCCUCCCACCACAGUCCCUGGGAGUUUCACCAGGCUGCAAGUCCUGUACGGUGUGCAAGCAUGGCCUGUGCCGCUCUGUGGAGAAGGACAGCGUGGUGUGUGAGUGCCACCCAGGCUGGACUGGCCCGCUAUGUGACCAAGAGGCCCGGGACCCCUGUCUGGGCCACAGUUGCAACCAUGGAAAAUGUGUAGCAACCGGGACCUCAUAUGUGUGCAAGUGUGCAGAAGGCUAUGGAGGGGCCACAUGUGACCACAAGAAUGACUCCAACCCCUGCUCAACCUUCAAGUGUAACCAGGGGCAGUGCCAUUUCUCAGAGCGAGGGGAGCCCUACUGCAUAUGCCAGCCUGGCUUCAGUGGGGAGCACUGCGAACAAGAGAGCCUGUGCCUGGGGGAGGUGGUCCGAGAGGUGAUCCGCCGCCAGAAAGGUUAUGCAUCAUGUGCCACGGCCUCCAAAGUGCCCAUAAUGGAAUGUCGCGGGGGCUGCGGGCCCCAGUGCUGCCAGCCCACCCGCAGCAAGCGGCGGAAAUACGUCUUCCAGUGCACGGAUGGCUCCUCGUUCGUGGAAGAGGUGGAAAGACACUUAGAGUGUGGCUGCCGCCAGUGUUCCUAAGGCCAUCCACCCACCUGCCCCCCCACCUCUCAGACUCCAGCUGCGUGGGGCUGGGACAGCCAUGUGGAAUCCCCUCGAGAGGUGAGGUGAAGCAGCAGAAGCUGGAGAGGAAGCAGAAGAAAAGAAUAUUAAGUAUAUUGUAAAAUAAACAAAAAAAUAGAACUUAUUUUUAUUAUGGAAAGUGACUAUUUUCAUCUUUUAUUAUAUAAAUAUAUCACACCAUCUGAGUAUAUGUACCAUAUAGUGAGUUAUUUUUACCAAGUCUUGUGUAUUUGUCGUGUUUUUAUAAACAGCUGUUAAAAAUUUUAAGAAAAAAGACUAAUAAAAAUGUUUUAAAACAAAAGGAUAAGAAUAAAGAAGUGAUAGCCUGUCUGAGGAGGAAGAAGGAAGUUUUUAUGUUGAUGAAACAGUAUCAUAUCAGCAGAAACUAGGACCUGCUUACUGAGCUCAGGAAAAGGAAUGAUAAGAGGAAGAGAAGGAAAAGAUUUGUUUCUUCUUAUUUUUAAUGACUCUUUUUGUCUUCCCUAAAAGCACCCAGCUUUUAAGUCCCGGCUGCCGAGGUCUUGUCCUUGCAGAAAAAACUGCUGCACCCUGGCCACCUCUGACUCACAGUCGCUACCCCCACCUGCCCCAGGCCGCCAGCAGGGUCUGAACUACUACAGAGCCCUCUUCUCCCUCCCUGGCUGGCUCUGGCUUCCACCACAGGGCUAUCUGAAAACUGCCACAGGCUUCAUCUGAGCUUGCUUUGCCAAGUUUUAAAACACCACCUCUUUUCCUGCCCCUCUACAGGUGAGCCAGUAGAAGAACGGGUCAUGCCAUCACCUCAGACCCCAAACGCUGGCCCUUCCUCCGAAAUUUUUGAACCAUUCUCUUCCCUCUGGCCCAUUUCACAUUGGAAUGCAGUACUAGGACAGCUGGCCGCCAGGGCUGCGGGGAUGAGGAAGGCCAGAAACCCAGCCUGCCCAUGGCCCUGGUAGAAGUCCAACUCUGGAAAGUUCUUAGGGGAUCUUGCUGUGGGACAGACAAGCCUCUGCCACCUGAUCCUCUGAGCCAUCAUCGUAAGUUGUCCUCACAACUCCUUGCCCAUCUGCAACACUUUCCAACAUCUAUCUGUACUGCAUCUUAUUUUAUCCAUGCAACCCCUGCUCCAUAAGAGUAAAGCCAUAUGGCCCCAUUUCAUAGACAAGGAAACAAGCCUCUCUCAGACUCUGUGUCUUGCCUUAAGCCACAUAUCUGAUAAAUACAGAGCCAGACUCAAAGUUCUAGAUUCCUUCUCUAGCAUAAAAACAAAAGAUUCAGGCUGUUCAUCAGACAAGCCCUACCAGGAAAAGAAGGUAGAUAUUCUUUACUGCUGUCUUCCCUGCUUGUGUUCAUUUCUUGUUCUGUUCCCCCAGUAUCUAGAAAGCUUCUAGACAGAAUUCUGUAUCAGGGAAUGUGAACAAAGGCAGCCUGUCCAAUAGAUACUGAACCCUGUCUCUCAGCUCCCCUCAGACUAGUACAGAUGGCUCAGGGACUCACUGUUCACACCAACUCCUUGUCUCUCACUCAUCCCUCCUCCCCCUAGGAAGCCUCUCCCUGCAGAAGUGUCAGGGAGAAGGACGUGGGGCUCAGAGGACCUUCCAGCACAGAGGGUCCCCUGAGGAACCUAUUGGUUCUAUGAGGGCCAACUGGGCCAAAGAUUGCAAGAAUCAAGAGAGAGGAAGAAAAGAAAGGAAGGUGGAAGAGCACAAGGCAAGUGGCAAAUAAGGAUGGAAGGAAGAAGGGAAAGAAGGGAUAGGGAGGCAAGAACAGAAGAAAGGAUGAAAGGGAUGAAGAGAUGGAAGAAGUGAAGGAAGGAGAAAUAAGAUGGAGGAAUUUACUUAAAAAUAUAUGUACUAAUAUACAUUAUGUUCCAGGUACAUAGUAUACCUUAUCGUGGAUUUGUUUCAAAUAUUAACAGAUAGGUUGAGUUAGCACUUACUACAUUAUACAUGAGAUACCAUUCUAAUUUAUAAUACAUAUUAUACAUAUUCAUUUAAUUCUCAAAACAACCCUGUAGUAAAGAUGUUACUAGCCGAUUUUACAGUUGAGAAAAUUGAGUCACAGAGAAGCUAGGGUACUUGCACAAGAGUAGAUGCCAAAUAAAUUGUACAGCCAGGAUUUGGGCUCAGUUUGCCUAACUCCAGAACUUACUCAUGGGAAGGAAACAUCUGCCUUUAAAGAUCCUAUAGUCCAGGGCAAAAACAAUCAUGGGACAACUGCUUUGUUAUAGGAGUCUCCUAAUGGCAGUGUACACAAGGGAAGUGGCUGUCCAGAGUAGGAAUUGCCAAUCCUGGAUCUUCAAGAAUGAACAGGAGUUUGCUGGGGUGGUGGGGGAGGCGGGGUGAGCUUUCCAGGGAAUGGCCUGUGAAGCAGGAAAAGACCCAGUAUGUUUGGGGAACAGUCAGAGGUCCAGGGUGGCAGGAGUAUAGGAUGCACAGUAGGGAGUAGGAAUCAAUGGGUUAGACGUAAAGGCAUGGGUUCAACCACCAGGAGCUGUGCAUGGCAGGCUAGAACACAGGGACCCAGCAGGGUUUUUAAGCAGGAAAAAUAGCAAGACAAGCUCUAAGAAGAGAAUUGGUGGCAGAGUCGAGACAGGCUUAAAAGAGGAGAGAGGGCUGUGCCACCCAAAAUGGCUUGGGGGCUCCUAGUUGUUCAUUUUAGUUUGUUAUAGCUAAACAAUGCUGAUUUCCAGAAAGCCCCAAAAGUCUUUGCGGUAGCUCAAAAUAUCUGUCCUAGUAGGGGUGUCCUGAGAUCUUCUCAAUACCCUUCCCCUCCCUCAUGCCAUCAGCCCACCCCACCCACACAGGUACACCCUAGGGUUAUUCUACCACCAACACUCCCAGCUAGCCUCUCUCCACAUGACAUGAAGCCCCCUUGGCCUGCCAUCCUGAGAGCUGCGCCCCAGGGUCACUGACUUUCUGGGAAGACUUGCCAGGCUGCAGCUUUCCCUCUACCUCCCUCAAGGAAUCCAAGGCCUGCCUCUGCCAACUAUGCUCUGAGCCCACUCCUGAAUCCAGCUGCAAUCAGCACAGCCAAAAGGACUGGGGUCUUAGUGUGGCUUAAGGGUGAUUUUUGAGCCUUCCCAUCAAUUUUAGAAGCCUUAACUUUAUGAAAUACCUAAUGCAAGAUUAAGCAAAUUCUCCCCAAAAGGAACUUUCUCUAAAAAAUGGAGAUUAAAAGUCUCUCACUUCAACAGCCAAAUUCUAGAAAUAAAGUUCCACAGGGCAGGAAGAGUUCAGUCAGGUUAUUUGCAUGCUUAAAAGUGGUUCAAUGUUUGCAUGUGGGGACACGCACAUGUGAAAAGGGGGGCUUGGGCUCUGUUUCCCCCUGAGCAGGAUUCAGGGGAGGGAGGAUCCCUUUGACUCAACCAAAGGAUCCUGAAGUAGCUGAUGUGAUGAUGUAUUUAAAAGUUCUUUGUAAAGUGUAAACUAAAAACCUUUAAUGUCAGCUGUUAUUACUAUCAUUGUUGCUAUUAUUGACUUGCCAACAGGCCCCAUGUAGAAGAUGGCUUUGCCUUUUCAAUUUCAGAAAGGAACCCAAGUCUGACACUUCAGAAAGAGGACAUGACAAGGAAAAGAGGGGCAAGGAAAGGGAGGGAGAUUGCCUAGGGCCAGGGCAAAAGGGAAAAUCCCCCCAGAAUGACCCUUAGGAACCCAGGAGUGGCCAGGAAGGGGACAGAGUUAACCUUGCCUUCUACCAGAUACAAAGCUACUAUCAGAUUGAACCCUAUGGCCAAGCAGCCACCCACUGCCUUUGCUGGAAGGAGAAACCCCUGGCAUAAGUGGACCUGCUCCUCAAAACUCACAGGGUCUCAUAUAUCAGAGCUAAAGGAACCUGAAGGAAUCCCUCCCUGGUGAGUGAUAAACCUGAGAAUCAGACAUGGAAUAUCUAAAUCAGAGACCAAGGUCAUUCUACAAACACCAGAGGCAGGAACAGACCCAGGUAUCUACCCAGGACAUCAUUCUUCCUGCUACUCCACUGUGAGCAUCCAGGAAGAGUGAAGGUUGAGGCAGACCCUGUGAUACCAAUGAUACCAACUAGGUGUCCAAGAAAGUAUCCUCCCCUUCCCCCACAGUGCACUCAGAUGGCUGAAAAGCUGGGGCAUUGCCUGGUUUGGUGGCCCUACCCAAAUGUUCUAUUCUGGAUUAGUGCCAGAGGAAAUGCUUGGGGAAAGAUGGUGAGAGAUGCCAGCUAGCCAGAACAAGCAAAGACAGAACUGGGCAUUUGGCAGAGAUUAUUUCUAUAACUUAAUAAGUUGUAAGAGAAAAACUUUUAAGAUGGUUUUAAAAACAAUGUUACAGUGCCACAUCACCAUUAUGGGAUAAAUAAUGUACAAUUUUUUAUUCAACAGACUGUCAUAUUCUGAUGUCAUUAAAAUAAAUCGAUGAGUCACAGGAGAGC